AUGGUCGGAGACUAUGGCACCAUGUCUCACCUUACGAAUCAGAUUAUAGGUCAGAAGGGUAUGUCAUAUGCAGGUGAUGUUCUACAAAUGAAAAGUGAAGCAAAGGGUGCUGCUGUUGGUGAAGGGACCAGUACGGAAUCAGUUCAGGCUACUUAUGCCUUGGUGAAACAGUUGAGUGACCAGAAUCAGAUGAUGCAGGAUAUGCUGAAUAGUGUUACUCAACUUUGUACUACUCUUCACGAAUCCUACAGGAGAGUUGAGGUUCGCCUUGACAGAGCUGGUAUUCAGGGUAGAGAGGAUUCCGAGGCCAAGGAAGAGUCAUCCCAUGCUGCUGGUGAUGAAUAUGAUGAUGAACUGGUUUCCAAGGAGAAAGAAGAAGAGGAGGAGGAAGAUCAAGCAGGAGAGGAGGAGGAAGAAAAUGCAGACGAUGCUUCAGAGAAUCUUGAGGAGGAAGAAGAUGAUGGGACUGAAAAGGACUCUGGCGCUGAUUGA